AUGCGGCGCUCCCAGCCGGCGGCGUGGGCGGCGGGCGGCUGGUCGGACCUCGCGUCGGAGCUGUGCGGCGUCAUCCUGAGCCGUGUGCCGUCCCUGGCCGACCGCGCCCGCUUCCGCUGCGUGUGCCGGCAAUGGCGCCACGCCGCCAAGCAGCAGUGGUGGCUCCUCCCGCCGCCGUUCCCAUGGCUCUUCCCCACCGCCUCCGACGACGACGACCGACGCCGCCGCCGCUUCGUCAGCCUCCCCGACGGCGCCACCCACCACAUCGCCGUCCCCCAAAUCAACCUCGAUCAGUACCCCACCUGCGAAGCCUUCGGCGAGUGGCUCCACUUCCCCAACGCCGAGACCGGCACCCACCUGCUGGUGAACCCGCUCGUCCCCUCCGGCUCCGGCGCCACCACCAUCGAGCUCCCGCCAAUGAAGCUCCUCAAGCUCGUCGUCUGCCCGGGCGGCGACCUCGUCGCCGCCAUCGCGUGCGUCCAUCUCCCCCCCCCUACGGCGUCGCCUUCUGCCGCCGCCGCCAGCCGUCUGCUCUACGCCCUGUACGGCCGGACCACGCUCUACGCCUACGGCCUGGACGAUUGCGAGCCCAGGUGCGUGAUCGCCGAUCCCCGGCCCAUCACGGAGGCCGAGGAGCGGUUCAUUGCGUUACAUCACUACGACAUCAGGUACUUUCUCGUCCCCGGCGGCGGCGGCGGCGGCAAGAAGCUGCUGCUGGUCCGCAGCGAGGGCGAGAGCUUCGUGGUGUUCGAGGCCGACGGCGGCACGGGGCGGUGGUCGGAGGUGGCGGGGCUGGACGACGGCGAGGCCCUGUUCGUGAGCGCCAACUGCUCCGGGGCCUUGCCGGUCUACGGCGGAGCCGGGAACUGCGUCUUCUUCGUCUGGGAAUCGCCCCGGCCGCGGUACCAUUGGUCCGUCGACCGCAGUGGCCGCAGCUUCAGGGUCUAUGACAUGAGCACCAAGACCAUCCGUGAUGCCAUCGUCUCUCCGCUCAAAUCCCAUGGCUGCCACACCACCGGAUCCUGGCUCUUCCCUUCCCUUCUCCCUUGA